AUGUUCUCGUUUGCAAAUCCAUGGUGUUGUAGUUAGGCGGAUGUCAUGCAUGUUUCAGCUUGCUCUUCUGGGACGGUAGGUCCUGUUCUUCGUCUCGCGCACUUGGGUUUGAUCCUGAUUUCGUAGGAGAUUUCGUUCUUAGUUUUAGCGUUUGAGCAUGAAUAGUCGCUGGUAAAUUGUCCUGUUCGUUUGGGGUUGGAUCUUUGGUGGCGGUGAAUUGUGUAUGUGAUUUGCAAUUUCAUCCACCCAUCUCGCUCGCCUCAGCUCUGUGACGAGCACCGUCUGUCCCUACUGCGUCGCCCGCGAGGUGCUUGUCGUAAUGCUCCAACGCCGGGGCACGCCCACGCGCGCCGGCGCACCCGGUCUUGAGAUUUGGGUGGCCUAGUGAAACUAAAAAUAGGGCCCACAAAUCACAUCUAAAUAAUAUCUCUCUCUCUCUCUCUCUCUCUCUCUAUAUAUAUAUAUAUAUAUAUAUAUAUAUAUAAAUGCUUGUUACCAGUAAGCAAUUGAAUUGCAAGAAAAACUUUCUAAUAUUACUUUAAGAAUUUGUCCAUUGGGCCCUUUCAGUCAUUUUAUUAAAUCAUCCACCUUUUUCUUUCCCGAUACGUACUUUCUAGACAACAUAAUAUCAAGGACGAACUAAUAAUUGAGAAAAAUAUAUUACUAGCUCUUGAGCUCAUAAAUUACAAAGCUGUAAAACUAUAAAUCUGACCAAUUAAUUGAUUGUGGGCGUGCACCACUCCCCAACGACGGUGGGGGAGGUGGAGGCGCGACGACCAAUGACAGCGUGCACUCGUGCGGUGGAGGAAGCGGCUUGAGAGGGAUGGAGAUGGGUAGAGAAGGGUUCGGCACACCAACCACCAACAGUUGGGCGCAAGUUCUCCAACCUCCCUUUUGUAGUCGGCCUACAAAUCUUCCAGCAGCUGACAUGGAGGCUGUAAUCCUUGCUGUCUCAAAGAUUGGUUCAGUUUUAGUGGAGGAAGCCACCAAAGCUGCUAUAGCCAAGCUAUCUGAAAAAGUUGCAAAUCUGAAGGAACUACCGACAAAGGUUGAUGAAAUAAAGAAGGAACUGGAGACAAUGAACAAUGUUAUAAAAAAGAUGAGUACAACACAUCCCAUCGAUGAGGUUGUCAAGGGUUGGAUUGUAGAGGUGCGGGGCCUGGCCCACCAUGUUCAGGAUGUAAUGGACAAAUAUUCAUACCAUGCUCUUAUGUUGGAAGAAGAAAGUUCCAUGAAAAAGGUAUUCACUAAAAAGAAAUAUGUCACAGUUUUCAGUGAUAUUGCGGAAGAGAUUAUCCAGAUAGAGAAAAAGAUUGAAAAUGCUGGGAAGCGGAAAGAACGGUGGCUGCAGCAGCCUGACCUUAUUCCUAACCCGCUUACUUAUAUUGAAAGGAAACAGUUCCAAGACUGCCUCCUGGCACAAGAUUAUCUAGUGGGGAUUGAAGGCAACAGGAAGCUGCUGACUGAAUGGUUGUACUCCAGUGAGCAAGGUAACACAGUGAUAACGGUAUCUGGUAUGGGUGGAUUGGGCAAAACCGCUCUGGUCAAUAAUGUGUAUGAGUAUGAGCGGGAGAAGAACAAUUUUGAUGCUUUUUCUUGGAUUGUCGUGUCACAGACAUAUAAUGGGGUUGAUCUACUGAGGAAAUUACUUAGGAAGAUUGGUGUUGUCGAAACGACGCCAACAAUUGGGUACCCUGAACAGACAAAUUUAUCAGAUUUGGACCCUCGUGACUUGAAAAAUAUAAUAAAGGAAAGGCUAAAGGAUAGAAAAUUUCUGGUUGUAUUGGAUGACGUUUGGAACCGGGAAGCAUACACUCUGAUAGAGGAUGCGUUCCUAAGCUGCCAAACAAGUCGCAUAAUCAUCACAACAAGACAGGACGAUGUGGCAACUCUUGCAUACCCAACACACCGUCUCAAACUCAAACCAUUGGAGCACAAUGAUGCAUUUGAUCUCUUCUGCAAAAAGACCUUCUAUAACAGCAUGCACAGCAAGUGCCCACAGGAUCUUGAGAAGUUGGCUCACAAUAUAGUGGACAGGUGCGAAGGCCUGCCACUUGCAAUCGUAUCUAUUGGUGGCUUGUUUUCUUCAGUGAAACUAGAGAGUUAUAUUUGGAAUGAAAUGUACAAGCAACUUGGAGACGAGCUAGUGAACAAUGAUCAUAUACGAGCAAUUCUAAAUCUAAGCUACCGUGACUUACCUGGACAUCUUAGAAAUUGUUUCUUGUAUUGUAGCCUAUUCCCUGAAGAUCAUCUGUUUUCACGAGAUACCCUCAUCUGGCUGUGGGUUGCAGAAGGCUUUGCAGUGCGAAAACAACAUAGCACACCAGAGGAGGUGGCUGACAGAUAUCUUAGGGAACUAAUCCAAAGGAAUAUGCUGGAUGUUGUGGAAAAUGAUGAGCUAGGCAGGGCUAGUAGCUGUAAGAUGCAUGAUCUUGUGCGCGACCUGGCACUUUCUAUAGCAAAAGAGGAGAAAUUUGGCUUUUCAAAUGAUUAUGGCACAAUGAUAGAAAUGGAAAGGGAUGUUCGCCGUCUGUCAUCUUGUGGAUGGGAAAACAAUGAUGUACUAAAACUUAAAUUUCCACGUCUGCGAACCCUAGUAUCAUUGAGAGCAAUGUCACCCUCCACUUAUAUGCUGUCCUCAAUUUUGUCAGAAUCAAACUAUCUUACAGUUCUCGAGCUUCAAGACUCAGAAAUCACUGAAGUGCCAGAAUCCAUAGGGAAUUUGUUCAACUUACGUUACAUCGGCUUGCGGAGCACCAAGGUCAAGACACUCCCACAAUCAGUUGAAAAGCUGUCUAAUCUCCACACUUUAGACAUCAAGCAAACCAAAAUAGAGAAGCUACCAAAAGGAAUCGCUAAGGUCAAGAAGCUACGGCACCUGAUAGCCGAUAGAUAUGCUGAUGAAACACAGUCGACGUUCCAGUAUUUCGUAGGAAUGCAAGCACCCAAAAAUCUGUCCAAUAUGGAGGAACUACAAACUCUUGAGACCAUGCAAGCCAGCAAGGACUUGGCUGAGCAGCUGAGUAAAUUGUUGAAAUUAAGACGUGUAUGGAUUGACAACAUAAGUUAUACUGAUUGUGCAAAGCUUUUUGCUACCCUGUCAAACAUGCAGCUUCUUUCCAGCUUGCUUAUCUCUGCAAGGAAUGAAAAUGAGGCACUUUGCUUUGAGGAACUCAGGCCAAAGUCCAAAGAACUCCACAAGUUAAUUAUCAGAGGGCAAUGGGCCAAGCAGACACUCGACUACCCAAUAUUUCGUUAUCAUGGUACACAACUCAAUUAUCUAGCAUUAAGUUGGUGCUAUCUUGGGGAAGAUAUGCUAGGGAUACUCUCUUCACGCUUGGAGAACCUCACUUGUCUAAGACUGAACAAUAUACAUGGUACAAAAACAUUGGUUCUUGAUGCAAAGGCCUUCCCACGCCUGAAGAUGCUUGUGCUGAAGCACAUGCCUGAUGUCAACCAGAUACAAAUUAUGAAUGGUGCACUUCCAGUCAUUGAAGGUUUGUAUAUUGUGUUUCUAUCAGGGGUGGAGAGUGUCCCUCCUGGCAUUGAAACCCUUCGGACCCUGAAAAAACUCUGGCUGCUCAAUCUGCACAAGAACUUCAAAGCUGACUGGAUUGAGAGAGAAAUGCAACAGAAAAUGCAGCAUGUUCCAGAGCUACUCAUGUAGGAGUGCAUUGUUUCUUUUUUCCUUCUGUAAUGAUCUUGGUUGGUGCAUCUGCAUUUAUCUCUUCAUAGUUCUUAGUUAUGGAGCUGUUGGUAGCACUACCUGAAACAUUGGCUUUCUUAUCCAUCGGGACCUGUAAUUUGUUCUGUUGUUUUGGGUGCUUCAGAUAGUGAUUCUCAUCUAAGGACAAGGAACCGUGUCCUUUUACUUUUGAACUGCAUUUGCUAAUAAUGAUGUAACUGUAAUUCACCUCCCA